GUGUCUGCGAGAAAUCCAGGAGAAUGGCUCCUCCCUGAUGGCAGGCUGGUUGUGGCAAAAAUGAGCGACACGGUGUUCUUCUCCUUGGUUAUCUUCCUGGGCAGCCAUUGGGGCACAGAGUCCCUGUCUAUCCCUGUGACUGAAGGUGUGGAGAACAAUUUUUCCUUAAGUUCAAAGCAUCUUGAAGAAGAUAUGGCUAAACUAUUUGAUGAGAUCAUGCUGCAGGUGUUUCCCAGCAAUCUAGACGAUGCAAGAACAGCUGGCAGACUGAUCACGGGGAGAGACGUGAAUGAAACCUAUGCCCAUCAUAAUGACGUCAACGAUUCUGAGUUUGUAUCACAUUUACAUAAGCAAGAUGACUAUUUGGCUAAGAUAUUUGAUGAGAUUCUGGGGCAGGUGCUUUCUAAUGAUUCAAAAUAUUUAUCAGACGAAGGUGAAGGAACACUAACAGCUGAGCCACUCACGUGGAAAGACUCAAACGAAACUCAUAUUGUUGAGAAGAAUGAAGAACCAUCUCUAUUCAACAGGGAUGUGCACCAUCAACUGACUGCUGACAGCAAAGAAAUACUCCAAAAAACCAUUCAAGGUGCCUCCAGGGAGAGUCUACCGUGCGGACAGCUGCUGAGUUUCCUGCAGAGGAAUAUCAUCUCUGCCACCACCGCCAUGGUGGCAAUCCUCCUGGUGACAGUGCUGGUGGUGCUUACGCUGGUCACGUGUAUAAGGCGGAGACAGCCAAAGUACCCUCCAGCGAGCAUGACGUACAAUAUUUUUAUAAUGAACGGGAAAUCUUUGUGGCAAAAAUCCCAAGAUAAGCACCUCAAAAAAUUCAUGGGAAAGCAGAAGCACCUGAAGUACAAUUCUUUCGUCUAAGCCGGUGAAGGGGCCAGCAAACUGCCACCCAGCCACUGUCGGAGGGUUCUUUUGCACUACCUGGACCGAAGUCAAGGGAUUUGAAGUUAACUCCCCACCUCGAAGCCCAGGAAGAAAAUGAGGCCGAGAGGAGCCAACAG